AUGGCGUCCUCUCUUCUGGUCACUACUCCAGAUCUCACUCCUCCCGAGUACAAGAGUCAAUGGAAACCUAUAGUGGAAGAUUCGGAAACCAAGAGUUACUCGUAUUAUUUGCCGUACUCGACAACCUCGACCACCAAUAACUUUGCGACGCGGGAACAAUUGGAUCGUUGGUUUCAUACCCUUUCCAGCUUGGAGGACGACGAGACAGCUUGGUCGGAUGCCCACUACCAGGGAGAACUACUACUGCGCAAAACUGCCUGGGUUGUCCUGGACGACCGCUGUACCUGCGAAUACGGAUAUUCCGAUACCUGGCAACCCAUUUCCAAAUCUCAAGCCUUGCAACUUGUCGUGCAAGAAAUUACCGCGGCCGUCACGGCAUGUUGCGGCGGUUGUGCCACUAGCAUCAAUUCCUGCAAUCUCAAUUAUUAUCCCCAAGGAGGAGGUGUGGGAUUUCACGCCGACGACGAAUUUCUCUUUGACGGACGACGACGACCCACCCGCAUCAUUUCCUUGUCACUAGGGGCGGCACCCUCCAACAACUCGAGUAACAAGGAUUGGGGCGCACGGAAAUUCCUCAUUCGACCACAAAAGGAUACUCCCGAAGACGACGUGCAAGAUCAGUACCACGAUGUCCAACACGAAAUUAUGUUGCGCCAUGGAGAUCUCUUGACCAUGGAAGGCAUGUUCCAGAAUCAUUAUUUUCACUCGGUCUGGCCAGGGGAUAGCAAAGCCUACCAGGAUCAUCAUCCAUGGACGCAAGGAGAACGCAUCAAUCUGACCUGGCGGACCAUUGUACAGCAUUUGGAUGGAUCCAAAGAAGAAUGUCGUGGUAUCAAGUGUCCGCUGUCGACCACCAACAACCAACUUGGAUGA